UCAUCCGACCACCUCACGCGAGUGCGAGAUUUAGACAAGAAAAGAAACUCGUCAGUUUUGUUCGCAGAGAAAAUGGACGUGGCGUGGCUGGUGAAACAAACGAUGGAACCGACGAAAACGAGGAAACGCGCGGCAUUUCCCGAAAGGCCAUGGAUGAGUGAAAAAGGAGCUGCAGCCGCCGCGCCCGCCGGCAAUGUUGGGCUCAAAGGGAUAAUCGCUGGUGGCAUAACCGGUGGCAUCGAGAUAUGCAUCACUUACCCGACGGAGUACGUGAAGACGCAACUGCAACUGGACGGCAAGGCUGGCGCGGGUCGCCAGUAUUCCGGCAUCUUCGACUGCGUGAAUAAGACAGUGAAGGGUCACGGAUUUUUCGGCCUCUAUCGUGGCUUGAGCGUACUCAUUUAUGGUUCCAUACCCAAGUCGGCCGUACGUUUCGGCUCGUUCGAGUCGGUGAAGAAGCAAUUAGUAGAUGCUGAUGGCAAAUUGAACGCGCAGAACAGGUUGCUUGCCGGCCUGUGCGCUGGUGUCUGCGAGGCAAUUUUCGCCGUCACGCCUAUGGAGACUGUCAAGGUCAAGUUCAUCAACGAUCAACGCUCUGCUAAACCCAGGUUUAGGGGUUUCGCGCACGGCGUUGGUAUCAUCAUCAAGGAGAACGGUUUCAGAGGAGUGUAUCAAGGUUUGGUACCGACAAUAAUGAAACAAGGCUCAAAUCAAGCUAUUCGAUUCUUUGUGAUGGAGUCGUUAAAAGAAUGGUAUAAAGGUGGCGACAACAACAAGCACGUUCCUAAAUUGGUGGUCGGUGCCUUUGGUGCACUCGCAGGUGCCGCAUCUGUCUACGGGAACACGCCUAUUGAUGUUGUUAAAACGAGAAUGCAGGGUUUAGAAGCAGCGAAGUACAAAAAUAGCUGGGAUUGCGCAGUGCAAGUGUGGAAGAAGGAAGGUCCUCGUGCUUUUUACAAAGGCACAGUACCACGACUUGGCCGGGUCUGCCUCGACGUAGCGAUCACUUUCAUGAUUUACGAUUCCUUUAUGGAUUUGUUCAAUAAGUUCUGGCCUUAAAAGACUGUUGUGUUACGUAUAAGGCUUAACACGCGCAAAUUCGAUUAUGAGUACCUAUUCAGGGUAGAAUAUCAGCGGGUAUGAAUGUGUGCCAUCGGUAUAUAGUGGAUAUAAACUAUUGUUUAUUUUACGAUCGAUGAUAAUGUUGUUAUGCAGUUUUUUUAAUACUGCAAAUUUAAUGAAUUUUUUUAAGGAAAUGUCGAUUAUACCAGCGAUUGUUAUAUGAAAUUUUGAAGUAAUAUUUUUUGAAAAGCACAAACUACACGAAGAUUUUUAUUGAUUUAUUUUUUAUUUCCGCGGAGUUCAGUAAUGAGUAGUUAAGGAUUACGGUAAAUUUAACCUUUGCUGUGUUUGUUGAACAAAUGUUAUGGGUGUUACAUAUUUCUGAAGAUCAAUGUAUAAAGUUUAUGGGAGGAGAAGGUAAGAAAAUAAUUAGAUAUUUUCUUUUGAAGCAACGGAUUUGAAUGAGUUUUUGUAGAAAAGCUAAUCGUGAGAAUACAGCUUAUUUACCUUGUACGCUUAUCGCUGUAUCUAUAGAAUUUUAACAACGACUACUAUAUAGAUGUAAAAGAAAACAACAAAGAAUUGUACUAUUCUGAGAAACCAAUCAUUCCAAGCACAAUAAUUUUUACCAAAUGAAAAUAUUCAAUAGAUUUUUGUACUUUGUACCGAUUUAACUCUAUAUAUUUAUACACAAAUUGAUCUUUUGGUAUUGCAAUUUCACGAUUUCUAUAUACUUUUGUUGAGCAAGCUAUGAGCAGUUCUCUUUUUUUACAUUCCAUUAAUAAUUCAUAAGAGAAGAAGAAUGUAUUUAUUUAUUUUGCACCUCAGCUAUCACGUGUUUAUUCUAUGUAUUUUAUCGCUAUUGUUCAUUGUUGAAUUAAAUUUGCCAUAAACUUGUUGAAAAAUUGCAAGAUGUAUUAUUUAUAUCAGAAGAAGACAAAUUAUACACGUGCAUUACAUUUUACAUUUUGUAUUUUUCCUUUAUUUAUCGCCAUCCUCGUUUAUUAUUUACUAAAUAAUUGUUUUUUUUUUGUUUCCCGUCAUGUACUGCAAAUGCGAUUGAAACAAACAAGUGGCUAAAAUAAAUCGAAUAAGAAGACAAAAAACGAAUUAUACGAUCGAACAAAACUUGAAACCUUUAUAGUGUAUUUCUGGAAAAAUAAAAAUACAAUUACUAUAAUAUAU